AUGCAAGCCAAGAAGAUCAAGUACGACGUCAUCGGACUUGCCGAUGCGAGAAGACAUCGCUCUCUGCACGUAACUUUUGAAACUGAAGAAGAACUUUUCCUUGAAACAUGCGAAAGCAAAGGCGUCGGCGACGUGGGUGCCCUCGUCAAUGCGCACUUGCCCAUGCACAUUGAUUCGUACGAAGGCUGA